AUGGCCCUCCAGAUACUCUGGGCUGGACGGGCCAAGGGGAUCGUAGGUGGCUGGGAGAUCAUGUGCUUGGUGAUAUCUCUACUCCUACAGCACCCAGGAGUCCACAGCAAGUGCUACUUCCAAGCUCAAGCUCCCUGUCACUAUGAAGGGAAAUACUUUACCCUGGGUGAAUCUUGGCUCCGCAAGGACUGUUUCCACUGCACCUGUCUGCAUCCUGUUGGUGUAGGCUGCUGUGACACGUCCCAGCAUCCCAUCGACUUUCCCGCUGGGUGUGAGGUACGUCAGGAGGCGGGAACCUGCCAGUUCUCUCUGGUGCAAAAAUCUGACCCCCGGCUGCCCUGCAAAGGGGGAGGGCCUGACCCAGAAUGGGGCUCCGCCAAUACUCCUGUUUCUGGGGCUCCUACUCCCCAUUCCAGCUAAACUCAACUGAUCAUUCAUCUGCUGACUGCUCACUGCUGCUGCCACUUCCAGGGAAACCACUAGCAGCUGCCAAUUUAUUCUGAAUAAAUAAAUGCUACAGCUGAAA